AUGCCACUGGCAGUAAAGGAGGCACCUCAGACAAUAGCCAUGUUGUCUGAAAAGGACCUGCCUCAGGACUAAAAUGUAUACCAGGACUUUUGCAUGGGAGCUUUUGACAACCAAAGCCUAAGGAAUCCCUGGAUGAAUGACACUGAGGAGUUCCUGUUCCUAGAUUCUGCACUGCAGAAGCAGGCAGUGAAUAUGAAGAAAAUGCAGAAUUCGAAGAAAAAAGUGGAGCGGAAGAAGGAGAAGAAGCAGAAGCUCAUGGAAAAGUCAAAAGACCCAAAGCAGUCGGAUGCCAGGGACCCAGGCUUGAUGCGGCAGUGCCUGGGACCUGGCUGUGUGUAUCCCUCCCGGCCAGGCUCCAAGUACUGCUCGGAUGACUGUGGCAUGAAGCUGGCAGCUGAUCGCAUCUAUGAGAUCCUGCCCCAGCGCAUUCAGCAGUGGCAGAAGAGCCCCUGUGUUGCUGAGGAGCAUGGCAAGAAAAUGCUUGAGCGCAUCCAACGUGAGCAGCAGGACACCCAGACUCGCCUGAAGGACAUAGAGUGCAAUUUCCAUGAACUUGAGGCCAUCAUUCUGCGUGGCAAGCAGCAGACCGUGUGCAAAGAUGAAGAAAGCAACAAACGUAGCAGGAACAGUGUCGACCUGCAGAUCUUCUGUGUCUCCUGCGGGCAACCCAUCAGUGUGCAUGUUGCCCUGCGCCACAUGGAGCGCUGCUUUGCCAAGUAUGAGUGCAAAUCAUCUUUCGGGGCCAUGCACCCCACUUGCAUUGAGGGAGCUACAAGGCUCUUCUGUGAUGCUUAUGACCCACAGAGUAAGAGGUACUGUAAGCGACUCCAGGUAUUAUGCCCUGAGCACUCCAAGGACCCCAAGGUAUCAGAUGACGAGGUGUGUGGUUGCCCACUAGUGCACAAUGUCUUCGAGGUCACUGGUAAUUUCUGCCGCCUCCCCAAAAGCGUGUGCAACCACCACUACUGCUGGGAGAAGCUGAGGCGUGCCGAAGUGGACCUGGAGCGUGUGCGCGCGUUGCAAAAGCUGGAAGAGCUGGUUGAGCAGGAGCAAAAGGUGCGCACAGCCAUGACGAAUCGGGCAGGGCUGCUGGGCCUGAUGCUUCACCAGACAAUCCAGCAUGACCCGCUCACCAGUGACCUACGCUCCAAAGUAGAUAGCUGA